AUGACCAGUUCAGCACUCAUUGAUUAUUCUGCUUCUGUCGAGCCUAAUCUCCUUGAUUUGAAUCUCCCUGUUUCUCACGGUUACAUAUUCGAUCGCUCGCUCGACGUGUUCCAAUCCAACAAUUGCCUGGUCCCUAGUUUUGACGACCAACCCUCCACAGAAAGUCCUAUCACCGCUUCAUCUAGUCCGAUAUUUCAUGAUCUCGACACUCUCGAGACCCUGUCUAUAAGCACCAGCAGCCUCGAAGAGCCUUUCCUUGACGAGUUGGGCUUGACAAUUCGCGUCUCAAAUUCUCAGCUAGGUUUGGACGCUCUCACACGUCCACCCUCCCCGAAUUUGGUUGCACAAAGUCCGACUAUUGCUAUUCCGCCAGGUGUUUUCAGGGGAAAAUCUUCCUGGAUAUUGCCACCGCAAUACCCUUCAAAGCAUCAAAAGCAUACGAAAUCAGGCUACAUAAACAAGAUUCUUCCACACCGUGUAGCUGAGAGGAAAUAUCGCAAUACGCUUAAUACGAAGAUAGAACAGCUGCGCCAUGCAUUGCCGCCGACUAGCAGCGAUACCGGCAUCCGGGGAGACAGCAUCGGUACCACAAGAGUCUCGAAACCCAGCAUUCUCAUCGCCGCUGUUGAGUAUAUUAAAAGCCUCGAAAAGGAGCGCAAUACCCUCGUUAAACAGAACUGCAGGCUGAUGGCUGAGAUUCGGGCGCUGCACAACUAG